AGGUCUUGCUCCCUCCCUCCACGCCCCCCCGCCCGCGACGCGCACCCGGAGAAAGUUCUGCAAAAAUGCAACAAGUAGCACCCGGAGCUCGCGGAGCGCCCUGCGCCUCCUGACUUGGCCAGGCAAAGCCCGCCUGCAGAGACCCGGGCCAGCCACCGGACAAAGGGCGGAGGAGGGGCUGGACGGCGCUGCGAAGUCCGAAAGAGGCCAUUUAGCGACUCUGGCCAGGCCAAGGGGAAUGCAGAGGAGACACAGAGCCGGCGGGCCAAGAGGACGAUCCGGCCGCAGAACGCAGGGCGGGCGGCGAUGGAGGCUGCCCGCGCCUUGCGCUUCCUGCUCGUGGUGUGCGGCUGCCUUGCGCUCCCGCCGCGGGCCCAGCCGGUGUGUCCGGAGCGCUGCGACUGCCAGCACCCCCAGCACCUCCUGUGCACCAACAGGGGGCUCCGCGCCGUGCCUAAGACCAGCUCGCUGCCGAGCCCGCAGGACGUGCUCACCUACAGCCUCGGCGGCAACUUCAUAACCAACAUCACGGCCUUCGACUUCCACCGCCUGGGGCAGCUCAGACGGCUGGACCUGCAGUACAACCAGAUCCGUUCUCUGCACCCCAAGACCUUCGAGAAGCUCUCGCGGCUGGAGGAGCUCUACCUGGGCAACAACCUCCUGCAGGCGCUCGCCCCGGGCACGCUGGCGCCGCUGCGCAAGCUGCGCAUCCUCUACGCCAACGGGAACGAGAUCAGCCGCCUCAGCCGCGGCUCCUUCGAAGGACUGGAGAGUCUGGUCAAGCUGCGGCUGGACGGGAACGCCCUGGGGGUGCUGCCGGACGCCGUCUUUGCCCCCUUGGGUAACUUGCUCUACCUACAUCUGGAGUCCAACCGGAUCCGUUUUCUGGGCAAGAACGCCUUCGCCCAUCUGGGGAAGCUGCGCUUCCUCAACCUCUCUGCCAACGAGCUGCAGCCCUCCCUACGCCACGCGGCCACCUUCGCACCGCUGCGCUCCCUCUCCACCCUCAUCCUCUCGGCCAACAGCCUGCAGCACCUCGGGCCGCGCGUCUUCCAGCACCUGCCGCGCCUUGGCCUACUCUCGCUCAGGGGCAACCAGCUCACGCACCUCGCGCCCGAGGCUUUCUGGGGGUUGGAGGCCUUGCGCGAGCUGCGCCUGGAGGGCAAUCGGCUGAGCCAGCUGCCCGUGGCGCUGCUGGAGCCUCUGCACAGCCUGGAGGCGCUGGACCUGAGCGGCAAUGAGCUGUCCGCUCUGCACCCCACUAUCUUUGGCCACCUGGGCCGGCUGCGCGAGCUCAGCUUGCGCGACAAUGCGCUCAGUGCCCUCUCCGGGGACAUCUUCGCCUCCAGCCCAGCCCUCUAUCGGUUGGAUCUAGACGGCAACGGCUGGACCUGCGACUGCCGGCUGAGGGACCUAAAGCGCUGGAUGGGUGACUGGCACUCGCAGGGCCGGCUCCUCACCGUCUUCGUGCAGUGUCGCCACCCUCCGGCCCUGCGGGGCAAGUACCUGGAUUACCUGGAUGACCAGCAACUGCAGAACGGGUCUUGCACAGAUCCCUCACCCUCGGUUUCCCCGACUGCCGAGAGUAAGCCGCAUGCCCUACCCACAGCCCCGGGGAAGGAGGUGGCGCCCCCUGCAGGUGCCCUCGCGGAGGAGCCGCCGCCGCAGCCACAGCCACAGCAACGGGGUCGAUUUCUGCCAGGGGUGGCCUGGGAUGGGGCCGCCAGGGAGCUUUUGAGUAACCGCAGCGCCCUAAGGCUGAGCCGGCGGGGCCCGGGCCUCCAGCAGCCGAGCUCCAACGCCGCUGCUGCCGCGGGCCCGGCGCCACACCCACUGGACCUCCUCGAGAAGCCUGAGCGGGGACGUCCGACUCCGUCGGAUCCUACCCACACGGAGCCCACCCCGACGGCCACGCUGGGCUCUGCGCCAGCCGGCGACCCCUGGCAGCGCGCGGCGAAGCAGCACCUGGCUGCGCAGCAGCAGGAGAGCACCGCCCAGUCCGACGGCGGGGUCGGCCUGCCGCCGCUGGUAUCCGACCCGUGUGACUUCAACAAGUUCAUCCUGUGCAACCUGACCGUGGAAGCAGUGGGCGCCAACAGCGCCGCGGUGCGCUGGGCGGUGCGCGAGCACCGCAGUCCCCGGCCGCUGGGCGGCGCGCGCUUCCGCCUACUCUUCGACCGCUUUGGCCAGCAGCCUAAAUUCCACCGCUUCGUCUACCUGCCUGAGCGCAGCGACUCGGCCACGCUUCGCGAGCUGCGGGGAGACACCCCCUACCUGGUGUGCGUGGAGGGCGUGCUAGGCGGCCAGGUCUGCCCGGUGGCUCCCCGGGACCACUGCGCGGGGCUGGUCACCCUGCCGGAGCCUGGGAGCCGGAGCAGCGUCGACUACCAACUGCUGACCUUGGCCCUGCUGGCCGUCAACGCACUGCUGGUACUCCUGGCCUUGGCGGCCUGGGCGUCACGCUGGCUGCGUAGGAAGCUGCGUGCCAGGCGGAAGGGCGGGGCCCCCGUGCACGUUCGCCACAUGUACUCUACCCGACGGCCCCUGCGCUCCAUGGGCACCGGCGUGUCCGCCGACUUCUCUGGCUUCCAGUCGCACCGGCCGCGCACCACCGUGUGCGCGCUCAGCGAGGCUGACCUCAUCGAGUUCCCGUGCGACCGCUUCAUGGACAGUGGGGGCGGCGGCGCGGGCGGCAGCCUGAGGCGGGAAGACCAUCUCCUGCAGCGAUUUGCCGACUAGAGCCUGGCGAGCUUAACGUAGAGUUCCUGGCUACCUGCUUAUUAAUGAGUGCUGCAAGGCAGCUAUUCAACCUUUCCCACUGAGACACACAUGCCAGACUGUUCACGGCCUUGGAAGAAUAACAGAACUGCUCUACCCUUUCUGCUCAUUUCCUGUCACAGGAGAUGUGAUUUUUCAGUGGUGGUCUCCCUUGUCAUUCACCUAUGGCUGCUAGAUCAGAAGAUUGACAUUAUCUAGAAAUCUAUGAAGUAAAAGGCGUCCA